AUGAAAUUAUUGAUUUUAAGAGUGGAAGAAAUAAGAAGGAAGCAGCAUCAGUUAAUAACAUCAGAUUUUCAUUCAUCUGCUGUUCAUCGAAACAAUUCCUUUCCUUCUGAAUUUGCAUCUCAACAUGAGUUAAUCAAUUUUUCACAAUCAUUUUCAUCAUCAAGUGACGGCGAUCAACAACCCGCAACUGCAGAAUGUUACGUAUCAUCACGUCGUAAACGUUUUACACGUCGUCAACGACAUAAUUUAACUGGUGGAAUUUUUGGCAAGCAUACAUCACGAUCAACAUCAACUUUAAAUAAAUUGCAUCGAUUAGAAUCUACAACAAGCAGUAGCGAUAACGAUAAUAUUAAUGAGCGAAGAAAACGUUCGACUCAAUUAACGAUAAUAACGCGUAAGAGAGGUCAAUCAACAGCAGCUGCACGGAACGCGACAACAGCAACAGCAAGAGAAUCAGCCUUUCUUUCAUUGAGGAGAAAGCGAAAUUAUGUUAAUUCCAGUUUGAUUACUCGAUCGACAACCGAAAUUUGCUACAAAUCAACUUCAACACCGGUAGCAUUAGCAUCAAUUGAACCGGUUGAUACAUUUCAAAAAUUUAAAGGACCAGCAGCUCGAAAAGCUCAUCGUCGUACAGUUCGUUAUAAAUUAAAUUCAUUCACUAACAAUCAAUUGAAGACGAAAGCAGAAUCACAAGCAGGAUUGAAUAUUCAUGCUGAAAAUAUACAACCAAAGAAAGAUACAUUUGUUCGACGUUCCGUAUCUGUUCGAGAAUUGAACGGUACAAUGAUCGAUUUUAGUAAUCAGGAUUCCGUUACCAGAUGGACAUCGCAAAUUCUUGCCGAAAUAGAUUCAUUACCAUCCAGUAGUUUUGAUUUAACCGCACAUUCAACUCCUCAAUCAUCAUCUUUUAUCAGUAGUACUACCAAUUCUGUUGCCACUACUGAUAUUAUUAGUCCGAUUACUGAUGCUAAUGCGGUAUUUUCUGAUGAGUCACAAAAUGAUCCUCUAAAGCUAAAAUCAGACAAUAACUCAUUCGAAAUGGAUGGCAUAACAAAUUUGACACCAACGAUACGAUUACGUAAUAAUGUUCCGGAAAAAUCAAUACGAUUGCAUAAUAAAGUAUCGGAGGAAAUUAGUUAUCGGAAAUUCAAUUCUAAUCAUUUUAGAAAAUUUCAAAAACGAAAUUCCUAUAAAAAAAAUAUUUCGCAUCAAUCAAUGGAAAUUCCGGAAACUUCCUGUACAGCACAUAUCGUACUAAAAGCGCUACCAUCAAAUCGUCAUAAACAAUCAGCUCAUGCAAUUGUUGUUAAUUCAUCAAAAAAUCCGGAAAAAUCAGAAAAUCUUCAUUUUCUAUCAUCGUCAUACGACAAUAGCGCUAAUCGUUGUUUAAAUUUGCAAAAUUUUAAAAGUGAAAAUAACAGCAAUGAGAUAUCACGUUUAUGGCGUUUCUUAUCUCGGAAAAAAUAUCAAUCAUUCAAAAAAUAUCUCAAAUCACAACAUCAUAAAACUACUACUUCAACAAACGAAAUCGUUUCCAACAAUGACAAUAUUUCAAGAUUUCCCGCGGGAAAUUCAUCGGUAAUCAUAACAAAUGGCAAAGAUGACAUUUUUCAAUGUAAUUCGAAAUCAGAAUGGAGGAAUAAUGAAACUGAAGCAAAUAACAGUUUACCAAUAUUCAAAAGGAAUUUAGUAUUAUCAGAAAAUAUCAAAUCAUAUCGACCUUUCUCACAAAUACCAAAAUUAUCGGACUCAAAUGAUGGUGUGCAAUGGCGAAGAAAUAUUGAUUGCGCUAAUGCAAAAAUCAAUCGUACAUGUUUCUCAAUGGAAAGUAUUGAUUUGGUAAAAGAGAAUGCCAUUGACGACAGAUUAAAAUUCUCGAGCGAAACAAAGCACAGUCAACUUCUUGAUCAGAAGAUACCAUCUCCACUUACUGCUUGGAAACGAAAGGUUCAUUAUCCUGAAAAAUGUAGCGAAGUGCUAUACUUUGUAGAAUUAGCAACAGAAACGGAGAAAUGA